UCCAAACCUCUUCAUGGGUUCCUGUUGGCCCAGCAGCCUCGGGCCGACCCGUCCUCUUUCCAAAGCUUCAGGCCGUCUCCGUUCAGCAGCUAUGCUAGCAGCCUCAGCCUGGAUGCCGGCGUGGCGAUGAGAGCUGGAGCCGGCCUGCUGGAGAGCAGUGCAUUGUGGGAAAUGACCUAUGGAAGCCGGGCGCCGGGAGCUGGAGCUGAUCUGUCUUCAGGAUCCUCAGGGUACCAGUCAGGUACCGGCCACACAGGU